AUGGACUCUGGCUAUUCAGCACUUUCUGAAAGUGGCUCUACUUCUCACUUACCAAGAAAUCAAAAGACCAAGAAACAUGCUUCUGUUUCUAUUCAAACGCAAACUGGCGAAUCCGGCGGGUACACUCUCCCCGUCAAGACAAGCCAAUGUGGUAUGACUGCUCAUGUCGGCUACAUUCCCGUCCCGUACACUACCCACAUCGACCCCUACAAUAAUGUGCAAUACACGCGUGAGAGAGAUUGUUCUGCUGAUAUUGUCCCAUGUGGUGCUCGUAAUGAAUUCAAAAAGAUGAAAACUGAUGAUGAAGGAUCACGCGUGCUCCACGUACGCGGACUGCCUGAUGAUGUUUCUGAGCAUGAAAUCUGGAAGCUAGUACUGCCAUUCAAAACAUUAGGCCUCAUGGUUAACUUUAUGCACCUCAAGAGCAAGAAUCAAGCGUUUAUCGAAGUUGACAGCAUCGAAAUGGCCCGUGAAAUGGUCCAAUACUAUGUUCUUAAUCCGCCAUGUAUACGCCAGCGAACAAUUCAUUUACAAUUCUCCAACCACAAGCAGCUUAGCCCACCAAGUUCUGCCUUACAAGAGAAAUUACUUAUCGAGUUGCAGAAAUUCCAAGAAGUAGAAGGCGGCAAUAAUCAUGUACUCCGGGUAGUCGUUGAAAACAUGACCUACCAGAUCACUCUCGACGUACUUACACAUCUGUUCAGCCAGUUUGGCAAUGUUCUCAAAGUUAUUACGUUUACAAAAAACAACCAAUUCCAAGCGCUCAUCCAAAUGGACUGUGAAAGUAAUGCGCAGGCUGCCAAGCUCUCACUCGACGGAAAAAAUGUUUACACAAACUGCUGUACCCUCAGAAUAGACUACUCAAAGCUGCAACAACUUAAUGUCAAAUUCAACAAUGACAAGUCCCGUGACUACACUCGUCCAGAAUUGCCACAAAGUGAUGAUUACAAUAACUCGCAUUCACACUCACAUUCGCAUCAGCACUCGCAAAUGAUUCCAACUUAUCAAAGUGGCCUUAUGGGUCAGGCUCCUCAAAUGGGCAUUCCAACUUCAAUGAUGUCUCCUUUGCCAACUAUUCAAAACGGUUCCUCGCCAUACUCCCCUGCACCGCCAUCCAAUGGCCCGACUGUCCUUCUUGUUGCCAAUCUCGAUGAGGAGCGUAUUACAUGUGACAUACUUUUCACUCUCUUUGGCGUCUACGGAAAUGUACUAAGGGUGAAAAUUCUUUACAACAAGAAAGAUAACGCACUGCUUCAAAUGGCCGACAACCAUCAAGCUACCACUGCCCUGACCCACCUGAAUAGUCGCGUUCUUCAUGAUAAGCCCCUCCGAGUUGUCUUCUCAAAGCAUCAACAAGUCCAGCUGCCUAAGGAAAAUCACGAAGCCUGUGAUCUUACUAAAGAUUUCACCAACAACCCUCUCCAUAGGUUCAAGAAGCCUGGAUCUAAGAAUUUCCAGAACAUUCAUCCUCCAUCCGAAACGCUACAUCUCAGUAACAUUCCACCAGAAAUCGAGGAAGAACGCAUACGAGAACUUUUUGUCCCAUUCGGGAAUAUAAAGAACUUCAGAUUUUUCCAUAAUGAUAAAAAGAUGGCCCUCAUUGAAAUGGGUUCCGAACCUGAAGCUGUAGAAGCCUUAAUUCAAUUACAUAACGUGAAGCUGAGUGACACAAACCACCUAAGAGUAUCAUUCUCAAGAAGUGCUAUUGCUGCUCCAAAAACUCAAUAA